AUGGCGGCAUCUAACGCUUCCACCACUAAGACUCUUCGGCCGGAUAACAUCGAAAUUCCGUCGUCGAGCGGAUCAAAUCACCCACCCGACGAUUUUGAUGGCCCUAUCUCACCGCGCUCAUGGCGACACCGCACUGUUACAUACCAGGUUCCCUCCAGAAGGCAAACAAAUGGCUCUCUCGAUGCUGAGGACUACUUUGUUGGUCCUCGUGACAUGUCAAAGCACAGCAAAUGGCCCUUCUUCAUGCGGAUGCACGGUUCCGUGUUCCCUAAGAUGAUUCUUCCUCUGACAGUUGUCACAAUCUGGUCUACUGCCAUUACAUGCGUCUCCGAAUUUGUCCACCCACUAGCCGUCAGCACCCUGCUCCUGACAGUUCUCGGUUUCGUCGUCGGUCUCGCCAUCUCCUUCCGAACUAGCACAGCCUACGAGCGAUACACCGAGGGUAGGAAAUACUGGAGUCAGUUGAUCACCGUAAGCCAUAACUUGGCAAGGACGAUCUGGUUCCACGCAUCCGAACGCGAUGGCGAGAUCGGCAAGGAGGAUCUGCUUAACAAACUUUCGGCCCUCAACCUUGUCAAUGCUUUCGCAUGCUCCGUCAAGCACAGGCUCCGCUUCGAACCCGGUAUCGACUAUCCCGAUCUCCGCGACCGUGUCGAAUAUCUCGACACAUUUGCGCGUGCUGCAGAAUGCGAGAUCCCCAAGCCCGGCGACAAGAAGAAGUUGAAGGCCGUAGGAGAGUACCUCGGUGUUACGUUUGCAGAGUCCAACCCCCGUAAGAGGAUCAAGCGCGCUAAGAAGCCCCUUGGUAACUUGUCGCUCGAAAUCUUGAACCAUCUCUCCUGCUAUGUCCACAGUAUCAUCGACAAUGACACGCUCAAAGUUGGUCUCUACCAGAACCAGGCCAUUACCAGCAUCGUUCAGCUCAACGAAGUCCUUGUCGGCAUGGACCGUGUCCUCCAAACACCCCUCCCGAUCGCCUACUCCAUCGCCAUCUCUCAAAUCACCUGGGUCUACGUAAUGAUGUUGCCUUUCCAACUGUGGGAUGACCUCCGCUGGAUCACAAUCCCCGGCUGCAUCUUCGCCGCCUACAUCAUCAUCGGACUCAGCGCCAUUGGCCGUGAAAUCGAGAACCCCUUCGGCCACGACGUCAACGAUCUCCCCCUCGAAGCCUACUGCGAAGAACUCGAAAUGGACAUUGACACUAUCACAUCCCAGCCCCCGCACUCUGCCCAAGAGUUUAUGCGCCGCGACGGCAAUAUGCCCAUCUGGCCUCUCAGCCACAAGAACUACAACUCCUGGGCCCACCGCAGCAAGCAGGACAUCAGGGAUGCGCUCAUGACAAAGACAAAGGCCGAUAUGGCGGUUAGGAAGAGUUUCGCUGUUCCUCGCGAGAGCGAGAGCGAUGAAAAGGAGCAUCAUACCAUACAGCAGCAGCAUCAUGACAAUUAGUUUUGGACGUGUGCGUUUGUUUGUGUUGUACGCUAUGCAUUUUUUGUUUUAGAAGCGGGGUUGGCGCUGCACAUGGAGUUUAACAUCGAAUUUGGGGACUUUGUUUUGGAUUUGGGGCAUCGCUAUCACAAAAAGGUUUCUUAUAUUUCUCGCCUACUCGGUUCCUUUUUCCUGGCGGGAGGCAUCAUCGUAAUG